AGAGGGAAAGAAACCAAAGAACACAAUAGAAAAUAAGCAAUCCUAUUACACUAGAAAGGAAAUCCAUAGAGGUUCACUGGUGUGUGUGUGAUGAAGACAAAGGUUCAGAUUCCAGUCUUUAUCACUAUUACAGUACUCAUUUUCCUUACCGGUGAUUCGCGGGUCUCGUCCUACAGCAAUGUUGGACUUACAGAUGUACAAGCAUCAUACAUCAAGCAAAGACAGCUAUUGUAUUACAGAGAUAAAUAUGGUUCUAGAGGUGAGUUUGUGAGCAUACCUGCUUCUCUCACAUUUGAUAAUCCAAGACUCAGAAGUGCCUACAUUGCCCUUCAAGCAUGGAAGCAAGCCAUAAUCUCUGAUCCUCUGAACGUUACGUUUAAUUGGGUUGGAUCCAGUGUAUGCAAUUACACAGGCGUCUUCUGCGCCCCAGCUCCAGACAACCAAUCGAUCGAAACUGUAGCUGGCAUUGAUCUUAAUCAUGGUGACAUUGCUGGGUACCUCCCAGAAGAGUUAGGCAGCCUCACGGAUAUUGCAUUGUUUCACGUCAACUCAAAUCGUUUCUGCGGGACACUUCCAAGAAGAUUCAAGUAUCUAAAGCUUCUCUUCGAGCUUGAUCUGAGCAACAAUAGAUUUGCAGGCAAGUUUCCUUACGUUGUCCUUGGUCUGCCAAAACUCAAGUACCUUGAUCUUCGGUUCAAUGAGUUUGAAGGUAAAGUCCCUAGAGUUCUCUUUGAUAAAGAUCUCGAUGCAAUAUUCAUAAAUAACAACAGAUUUGCUUUCAAAUUACCUGAUAACGUGGGGAACUCGCCGGUUUCCGUCAUGGUUAUCGCGCACAACAGCUUUCAUGGGUGUGUUCCAGCUAGUUUAGGAAAUAUGGCAAAAACCCUGAAUGAGUUGGUUCUCAUCAACAGUGGUUUGAGCUCAUGUUUACCAAAAGAGAUUGGGUUGCUAAAGAAUGUGACAGUACUUGACAUGAGCUAUAACAAACUUGUGGGAGAGUUACCAUACGCAAUUGGACAGAUGUUGAACUUGGAGCAGCUAAAUGUGGCUCACAACAUGCUAACUGGAGCUAUACCUGAGAGCAUUUGUUCGCUUCCAAAUCUCAAGAACUUCAGCUUUGCUUACAACUUCUUCACUGGCGAGCCGCCUGGAUGUUUGGAUUUGGAUAAUUUUGAUGAAAGCAGGAAUUGUUUGAGAGGCAGGCCAAAGCAGAGAUCCACGUUGCAGUGUAAAGUGUUUCUUUCUCGGAAAAUACAGUGUAGUGCAAUCAAGUGCCAUCACUCAGGUCGUCCCCUGCCUCCGCCUCCGCCAGUUCAACCAAUUUAUCCACCUCCUCAAUCACCACCUUCCCCUCCAUCAGUAUCACCAUCACCACCAAAUCCAUCACUGCCCCCACCAUCUUUGUUGCCACCACCCCCAUCACCCCCACCACCUCCUCCAUUGUCACCACCACCUCCGCCGCCACCAUCACCUUCAUCACCUCCUCCAUCACCAUCACCAUCACCCCCACCCCCUUCACCACCUCCUCCAUCACUAUCACCACCAUUGCCACCAUUAUCACCACCGCCACCUUUGCCACCAGCUCCACCACCACCGUUGAUGCCACCUUCACCACCACCUCCAUCACCAGUGUCACCACCCUGCAUACACUUACCACCACCACCACCACCACCUCCACCUCCACCUCCACCCCCACCCCCACAGUCACCACCUCCACCACCCCCAUCUAAUAACUAUCAACCACCACCACCACCACCGAUUUAUGCUCCACCACCCCCAGCUCCAUGUACAGACCCUCCACCACCUCCAUCACCUCCACCAUGUGGGCAGCAAUCACCACCCCCAUCCCCACCUAAUCAAUACUCGCCACCUCCUUUACCUUCACCUACAUUUCCACCAGCUCCAUUCAAUGAUGGUCCGUUGCCGCCAAUAAUAGGGUCACCAUAUAUGUCUCCGCCGCCACCACCAUUUUAUUGAUGCAGUUUGAUCCUUCCCUACCAAUAACCAAAGGCUCAUACAUUCUCACCAUUUAUUCUCCAGAAUAACCUACUUGCAUAUUUCACUAUCAACGUACUGAAGAAAGUAGAGCAAGGAUGUGAAUUAUAAAUCACAUAGGAAUUGCAUGAGUCAACUCAAUCAGAGGAAAGGGGUAGGAGAGACAGAGAAGUGAGGCAAGACGAUGGAUGGGAGAAGUUUUCAAUACUAGAAUUCUCAUGCAUGCCCUUUUAGUUGGUAAUAACGGUAAGGUGGGAAUUAGAAGAUAGUAGGUUUCAGGGAAUGUAAUUAGAGAGAUGAGUUUCAUAUUAGUUAUGAUACUGCUGCUAUGAUGAAGAGCAGAGAUCAACGAUGAGAAGAGUUUCCGCUGCUCUAUUGUGCCUCAACUUCUAAACCCAACAUUAAAUUUCCAUCACAGCUGAACUUGUUUCUUC